AUGCCAACCCCGAACAUCUCCACCUCUGCAGCCAAAGGCUUCCGCAGGGCGGUGUCGGAGCUGGACUCCAAGCAAGCCGAGGCCAUCAUGUCUCCGCGGUUCAUUGGUAGACGUCAAAGCCUUAUUGAAGAUGCCAGGAAGGAAAGAGAGGCUGCGGCUGCAGCCACUGAUGCGGCAGAGUCUACAGAGACCAUCGUGUUCGAGGAGAAGGAUGGAAGAGCCAUGUUGAACCUCUUCUUCAUGCUCAAGGGAGCGAAGACAUCACCACUGUCCCGUGUACUUAAGGUAUUUGAGACAUUUGAAGCCAAAAUUCACCACCUGGAGACCAGGCUUAGCCGGAAGCCCCGCGAAGGGACUGCUGAACUGGAGUACUUCGUGCGUUGUGAAGUCCACAGCUCUGACCUCAAUACCUUCAUUAGUUCCAUCAAGAGGGUCGCAGAAGAUGUGAGGACCACUAAGGAAGACAAAUUUCACUGGUUUCCCAGAAGGAUCUGCGAAUUGGACAAGUGCCACCAUUUGGUCACCAAGUUUGACCCUGACUUGGAUCUGGAUCACCCGGGCUACUCUGACCAAGUAUACCGCCAGAGAAGGAAAUCAAUAGCAGAAAUUGCUUUUCACUAUAAGCAUGGGGACCCGAUACCUCACGUGGAGUACACGGCAGAGGAGACAGCUACCUGGAAAGAGGUGUACAGCACCCUGAAGAGCCUGUACCCCACCCAUGCCUGCAAGGAGUACCUUGAAGCUUUCAAUCUACUGGAGAAAUUCUGUGGCUACAAUGAGAACAACAUCCCUCAGCUGGAGGAGGUCUCCCGCUUCCUGAAAGAGAGGACUGGCUUCCAGCUCCGGCCGGUGGCUGGCUUGCUGUCGGCACGGGACUUCCUCGCCAGCCUGGCCUUCCGCGUCUUCCAGUGCACGCAGUACAUUCGCCACGCUUCCUCACCCAUGCACUCCCCUGAGCCGGAUUGCUGUCACGAGCUGCUGGGGCAUGUCCCGAUGCUGGCUGACAAGACGUUUGCCCAGUUCUCUCAGGACAUUGGGCUGGCAUCUCUGGGAGCAACUGAUGAAGAAAUUGAGAAACUUGCUACACUUUACUGGUUUACAGUGGAGUUUGGGCUCUGCAGACAGAACGGGAUAGUCAAAGCCUAUGGAGCCGGGCUCCUGUCUUCCUACGGGGAGCUCAUACACUCCUUGUCAGAUGAACCGGAGGUCCGGGACUUCGACCCUGAUGCUGCUGCUGUUCAGCCCUACCAGGACCAGAACUACCAGCCCGUAUAUUUUGUGUCCGAGAGCUUCAGUGAUGCCAAAAGUAAACUGAGGAGCUAUGCGGCACACAUCAAGCGGCCCUUCUCGGUUAAAUAUGAACCCUACACCCACAGCAUCGAGCUCCUGGACAGCCCUCAGACCAUCUCUCACUCCCUGGAAAGCGUAAGGGAUGAGCUUCACUCGCUGAUUAAUGCGCUCAAUGUUAUCAGUUAAUACAAGAACUGGGCUCUUUCCUUCCCCUCUUCCCUUGCAGCCCCAAAACUGCCUGCUCUGCCCUUGCCUAGUUCCCAGCUGAUAACGCCUACCUGUCUUCUCCAAACGUUUGCACCGCUGCCUGUCACCAUGUGACCCCAACAGCUUUUCACUUCCGUACGUAGGGCCAGCUCAGAGGGGGGCGGAGGGAUGGACCCAAAGCCUGCUGGCUUUUUGGGUAGCUUUUCUAUUGACUGCUGAAAGAGGCUUAGCGCAGACCAAAAGCAUGGCCAAGCUACAAAGUUGA